AUGAAAGAAAUCAAGUUAAGGAAGCCUCACCUUAAGGUCGAGCAGCCGCGAUCAGUUUUCGCGCAAGGUGAAGGCAACUCAAGAUGGACCAACCUCGAUCUUGAUCCAGUGCCACCAAACCGUCGCAAAUGGGGAGUGACAUCUUUCAUUGCAUACUGGAUAUCCGAUGCCUUCAACGCAGCGACCUGGCAGUUUGCUGCUGGUAUCAUUGCCGUUGGAUUGACAUGGCGAGAGAGCUUGGGCAUUGUCGCUCUGAGCUUUUUCAUCAUCUCUUGGGUUAUCGCAUUCAAUGGUGCAAUUGGUGUGCUACAUCAUGUCCCAUUUCCAGUUAUCGCAAGAGCUAGUUGGGGCUUCUGGGGCAGCUACAUCGCCAUCAUAUCUCGUGCGAUCCUUGCCGUCUUCUGGUUCGCUAUACAGACCAUGAACGGUGCCAACACACUUCGAGUGAUGAUAGGAGCAAUCUGGCCGUCUUUCCUCAGACUUCACAAUUCGCUACCAGCCUCAGCUGACAUCGAUACUCAGACGAUGAUCUGUUUCUUCCUCUUCUGGCUGGCGCAAGUGCCCUUCUUGCUGAUGCAUCCCAAUCAACUACGAAUUCUCUUCAUGGCUAAAUCUCUAAUUGUCCCAGUGGCUUGGAUCGCAAUCAUGGGCUGGGCUCUUGGCUCUACCAACAGCCGCGAGAUCUUCAAUCAGAAAGCAACAAUAGGAGGCUCAGCAUAUUCUUGGGCUUUCUUGUCGUCAAUGACAUCGACUAUUGGGAACUAUGCGACUCUCUCGGUCAAUCAGUCCGACUUCUCUCGCUAUUCGCGUGUUAGUGUCAAGUGGCAGGCAAUCUAUGUACCUCUCCUGCCUCUGAUCUUCACCUUCAUCGCCUUCAUUGGUAUUGCCUCUUCAAGCGCUGGAUCGGCACACUAUGGCGUGCUGGAAUGGGAUCCCAUGGCACUUGUCAGCCACUGGGACAACCGUGCAGCUCGAUUCUUUGCGGCUUUCUCUUUCGCGUUGGCAGCCCUGGGUGUGAAUAUCUCAGCCAACUCGCUUUCCGCAGCCAAUGAUCUCAUGGCUCUCAUGCCACGCUUUGUCAAUAUCCGUCGAGGUCAAUUGAUCACAGCAAUUCUCUGCUGGGCGCUGGUACCCUGGAAGAUUCUCGCUUCAGCCGGCAGCUUCCUCAACUUCAUGGCAGCGUACGCGAUCUUCCUCGGUCCAAUCGCCGCUAUCAUGCUCUUCGAUUUCUGGGUCGUUCAUAAACGUCGCUACGAUACAUUGGCACUAUAUAACCCGAUGGGAAUCUACCGCUACACUUACGGCGUGAACUGGCGUGCAGUCGUCGCCUUCUUAGUUGGAGUUGCGCCGAGCUUGCCUGGCUUCAUCAACGGCAUCAACCCGAACGUCAACGUAGGCGUUGGCGUACAUCCUUACCAGUUUGGCUGGUUACUUGGCUUCGUGGCAACUGCGUUCGUGUACACUGUUCUCUCAUUGGUGCUGCCUGCUAAAGAAACCUUCAUCGAAAGGGCAAUUCGACCUGAUGAGAUCUUCGCACAUCAAGGCGAGCCUGUUGAGCAUGUCGUUCAGGGCUAUGGGAGUGACGAGGAGAAGAAAGGGUUCAAGCACAUGGUUGAGAAGUUCUUGUAA